AUGACGAAGCCAAUCAGCGCCUUCGACGAGGCCCUUCGGAGCUCCGCUUCCGAGGUUCCGGCGCUUACCCAAUUCGGCAUGGAGGGUGGCAGCCUGAGGACACCAUCCCGCGGCCCUCUGCCUUUCCCAGCUUUAGCGUCGCCGACUACGACUCCUUUGACCACUUCUCCCUCCGCUAAUCAGAAUAGUAUUACCACUACUCUUAAUACCGCUACGGCUAAUCUUAUUACUACUCCCACUCCCACUCCUGGCCCUGACCCUGGCCCUGACCCUCCUACCAAUCACCUGCCUGAGAGUGAGACCCCACGUGGAUCCGGCACCAUCGACGCGUCUACUUCCUCCCCUUCUUCCAAGGCACCUUUUGUGCCUGGGCACCGUCGUCGCUCUACCCACGUUACUCGUCGUGACCUUGAGAAAUUCCGCAAAGAGGUCCUGGGCGUCGAACCUCCCGAAUUCGACUUCGAUCUCGACAGCUCCGGCAGUGGCGCCCCCAACCCGGCUCAGGAUCCGCAGCUCGAUACUCUCAACCGGGCCUUUGACGACGCCGCCAUGUCCCUGAACAGCAGCGGUGGCAUGACAAGCAGCAGUCCCGGCUCCGGCAUGUUCGCCAGCUACGUCGAUUCCUCCGGUCCUCCCAACAUGGCCAACGUGCCUCGUCAGUCGAUGUCUCCCGCAAUGCCGCAUACCCCUGGACAGGUCAACGGGGGCGGAAUGGCCGGUAUGAACGGUGGAAUACCGAUGAAUGCGGGCCACCAGAUGGAUCUACAUCAACUCUACGACAUGGUGCUGGAGCUAAGUGAGGUGCUGAAGAAUAAUCGCGAGAUGACCAAGAGCAUAGUCACUAGUGCGGACGAGAUUAUGAGACGAUCUUCCUCGGAUGGACCUGGCCCGAAUCUCCACCAGGUGAACGGCGAAAUCACGGCCGCCCGGAUCGCUGAACUUGAGCGCGCCCUUGCCAAAGAAAAGCGUACCGUUGAAAUUCUCAAGAACGAACAAACGGAGAAUACCAAACUCAUUGGGGAUUACGAGGCGGCCGUUGGCACAAUGGUGGAACAGAUUCGAAACUACUGCCAGAACAACAACAUGAACUACCUAGCCCAGAAGCGUCACUACAACAAUCUCCUUCAGGCCGAACGAGAUGCGCAUUUGGAAAGUCGAUUGGAUCGUGAUUAUUGGCACGCACAGACCAUGAAGUGCGCCGAGAUGAUCCGCACGGCCUACCGUCUACGCUGCGAAGAGGAGGAAAUGCCCGUCCGUGUGAUUGCGGGUCUGCAGAAUGAAGUCCGUGCCUAUCGCAAUGCUCUCGGUAUGGAGCCGGAAAGGCCUGAAGAAGAGUUUGGAUGGGAGGUUUUGAAAGAUGUGCCGGCAGGUCUCGAAUGA